AUGGCCGAGACCGGCCCGCUGGGAUCCGCUCCCGCCCGGUCCCGCUCGCGCAGGAAUUUCCGCUCCCGGAGUCUGGCCUGGGGAGAGGCGGGGGCCGGGGCGGGGCUCUGGGCGGAGCCACCAGCUUACCUGGGCCCACGUGGACGGCCAGGCCGCCAAGGAAGACUAGUGGCACCCACCAUGAGAUUUCGACGCCUGACCCCUGGCUACUUCCGGGUGCUACAGAUGCAGAUAGCUGGGGAGCUCAAAGCAGAGCCCCGGAGUCCACUGGCCGGGGUAGUGGCUACACUGCUGGCUGUCCUUGGACUGGGUGGCUCCUGCUAUGCUGUCUGGAAGAUGGUGGGGCAGCGGCGGCCGCCACAGGCCUGAUGAUAAAGUAG